GCCACUGCGUCUGUUCUAAACUUUCCCUCAGGAAUGGAUUAACUGGUUUUUGAAAAUGUCCUGUGGUGUAUUGGUAAAAUAAUGAGAUCUCUCUUAAAGAUGUUUCCACAAUCAGGAAAAUCAAUCGUCUUUGACAAUUUUCCGGACCCUACUGACACCUGGGAAAUUAUWGAGACAAUUGGCAAAGGAACCUACGGGAAAGUCUACAAAGUUCUCAACAAGACUGACAGAAGUAAAGCAGCUGUGAAGAUACUGGAUCCCAUUCAUGAUAUUGAUGAGGAGAUUGAAGCAGAAUACAACAUCCUCAAAGCUCUUUCUGACCACCCGAACGUUGUCAAGUUUUAUGGGAUGUACUACAAGAAAGAUGUGAAAUGCGGGGACCAGCUGUGGCUCGUACUGGAGCUCUGCAAYGGCGGCUCGGUGACAGAUCUGGCCAAAGGCAUGCUGAAGAGAGGAGACAGAAUGGACGAGGCCAUUAUUGCGUAUAUUUUGCACGAAGCUCUCAUGGGCCUGCAGCACCUGCACAUCAACAAGACCAUCCACCGGGACGUCAAAGGCAACAACAUCCUGCUGACGACACAAGGAGGGAUAAAACUCGUGGACUUUGGUGUUUCAGCCCAGCUGACAAAUACCCGUCUGAGGAGGAACACCUCUGUGGGAACUCCCUUCUGGAUGGCUCCUGAGGUGAUUGCAUGUGAGCAGCAGCUGGACUCAACAUAUGAUGCCCGCUGUGACGUCUGGUCCCUGGGCAUCACUGCUAUCGAACUGGGAGAUGGAGAUCCACCUCUGUCUGACCUCCAUCCAAUGAGAGCCCUGUUUAAAAUACCAAGAAACCGUCCGCCCACUCUCCACCAGCCGGAGCUUUGGUCAGAUGACUUUAAUGACUUUAUCUCGAAAUGUCUGAUUAAAGACUUUGAGCUGAGACCAAAUGUAUUAGACCUGCUCCAGCAUGUGUUCAUCAAACAGACGGUUGGCAGGGACAAAAUCCUGCAGAAACAAUUGAUGGAGCUCAUUGAUCUCAACCAGCAAAUGGGAGUGAUUGAAAAAACAAGCCAUCAUGGAAAAACAGACAGAAGUACAGACAGUAAUGACAGGCAUGAACGUAUCCACACAAAAAAAGGAAGCCACAUGAAAUCACAAACCGACAGCGAUGAGGUUGACGACCUCGCUACACUUGAAGUUCUGGAUGAGAACACGGUCACAGACCAGCUCCAGAGUCGUUACGGCAGAGGUCAGAUUUACACCUAUGUUGGGGACAUCCUGGUUGCUGUCAAUCCUUUCCAUGAAAUGGAAAUGUACACUCCUCAGUACACUAAGAUGUACAUCGGAGCCAAGCGCACAGCAAACCCUCCACACAUCUUCGCAGUGGCUGAUAUUGCCUAUCAGUCUAUGGUUUCAUACAACACAGAUCAGUGUGUUGUAAUCAGUGGAGAAAGUGGAGCAGGAAAAACAGAGAGCGCUCAUCUGUUGGUGCAGCAGCUGACAGUACUUGGAAAGGCCAACAAUCGAACGCUACAGGAGAAAAUCCUGCUGGUCAACAGUCUGGUGGAGGCAUUCGGUAACGCCUGCACCGUCAUCAACGACAACUCCAGCCGUUUCGGCAAAUACCUGGAGAUGAAGUUCACCUGUGGCGGAACGGUGGUUGGAGCACAGAUAUCUGAGUAUCUGCUGGAGAAAUCCAGAGUCAUCCACCAGGCCAUAGGAGAGAAGAACUUCCACAUCUUUUACUACAUUUAUGCUGGUCUGGCUGACAGGAAGAAACUUGCCCACUACAAGCUCUCUGACAGCAAAACACCAAAGUAUUUGUGUAACGAACCCAUCAAAUUAGGGCCUGACAUUGUGAGCAACGCCUCCUACAAAGAGCAGUUUGAUGCAGUGGAGCAGUGUUUCAAAGUUAUUGGCUUCACCCUUGAGGAGCUAGGAAGUGUUUACAGUAUUCUGGCUGCAAUCCUCAAUACCGGCGACAUUGAGUUUUCUGCAGUUGCCUCAGARCACCAAACAGACAAGAGCAACAUCACCAACCUUUCAGCCCUGGAGAACGUGGCGUCCCUGUUGCGUAUCCGCUCAGACGAGCUCCAGGAAGCCCUGACGUCCCACUGCGUUGUGGCCCGAGGGGAAACUAUCGUCAGGCCCAACACGGUGGAAAAAGCGGUGGAGGUGAGGGACGCCAUGGGCAAAGCUCUCUACGCCCGCCUCUUCAGUUGGAUUGUGAACCGGAUCAACACGCUGCUGCGCCCUGACAGUCAACCAGGAGAGGAUGACAAAGGCCUGAACAUCGGGAUCCUGGAUAUCUUUGGCUUUGAGAACUUCAAGAAGAACUCCUUCGAACAGCUUUGCAUCAACAUCGCCAACGAGCAGAUCCAGUUUUACUUCAACCAGCACAUAUUUGCUUGGGAACAGGAUGAGUACCUGAAUGAAGAGGUCGACGCUCGGAUGAUUGAGUACGAGGACAACCGGCCUCUUCUGGACCUGUUCCUGCAGAAACCCAUGGGCCUGYUGUCACUGCUGGACGAGGAGAGUCGGUUCCCUCAGGCCACUGAUCAGACACUCGUAGAGAAAUUUGAAGAUAAUCUCAAGACAAAAACUUUCUGGAGGCCAAAGAGAGUAGACCUUGGCUUUGGGAUUCACCACUACGCUGGGAAGGUGAUUUACAACGCUGCAGGUUUUUUGGCCAAGAAUCGAGAGAUGCUGCCCGCAGAUAUCAUCCUGCUGCUGAGGUCAUCGGAGAACGAGCUCAUUCGCAAACUCGUCACUCACCCGCUCACCAAAACAGGCAACCUUGCCCACACCAAGGGUAAAGGCAUAAACACAAUGCAAACACCACGGACUCCCACUCGGAGUAUGACUUUGGCCAAGAUGGGAGUGCUAACCUUAUACAGUCCUUUUUCUCUUAGUGAGCCAGCAGAAUCUGGAGACACUCCUUACCAUCCCAGAGAAACGACCAACAUGAAAACUCAGACGGUGGCUUCUUAUUUCAGAUACUCACURAUGGACCUGCUAUCCAAAAUGGUGGCGGGGCAGCCUCACUUUGUGCGCUGCAUCAAGCCCAACAAUGAUCGCCAAGCCAACAAGUUCGAUCGAGAGAAGGUUCUGGUUCAGCUGCGCUACACUGGCGUCCUGGAAACGGCCAAGAUCAGACGGCAGGGUUACUCCCACCGCAUUCUCUUUGCUAAUUUUGUAAAGAGGUACUACAUAUUAGCGUUCAAUGCUCAUGAGGAUCCAACUUUGACUCCAGAAACAUGUGCUGCCAUACUGGAGAAGGCCAACCUGGAGAACUGGGCAAUGGGRAAAACUAAGGUGUUCCUAAAGUAUUACCACGUUGAAAAUCUGAAUCUGAUGGUGCAGCAGGCCACACAUCGAAUCAUCCUGCUUCAGGCGUGUGUCCGAGGCUGGCUGGGAGCCAGGAAGCCAGGAAAACACCACCGAAUGAAGGCACUGAAGGCAAAAAGCCAAACACAGAGGAGGAUUCGAGGAAGGCUGCUAAUAAACAAGAUGAUGAAGAGGAUGAAAGUACCUAUGAGGCUGAGGAGAGUURUGACAGCGAUCAUACUCAGAUACCAGAAGAUGAGGAGCACACAGAASUGGGAGAAGAAGCGUUGAUUCAAAAUGCAGGAAAAGAAGGUCAGAACAAACAGAUACCAGUCGAUGCAGUCGACUUAAAAGAGGAAACCAAGGCAGCCACGGUUAU